CUAAAAGAUAACGAAAUAACUAAAUAAAUUACAGAAACGAUCCUUAAAGUAUGCAAUCCUAUUGGAACACUCUUUAAACUUCGAUCUCUUCCCAGAUUCUGAAUUUGCACCAACACAAAAGUUAAGGUUUUUCUUUGUGAUGGAGACUUCAAGGAGGGGUUCAUGUCGGGCUGGAGACAGAGUCUUAGCUCCAGGGUUUAGGUUUCAUCCAACCGACGAGGAACUGGUUGUUUACUACCUCAAGAGAAAGAUCCGCCGCAAGAAACUGAGAGUCGCUGCAAUUGGCGAGACUGAUGUCUACAAGUUCGAUCCGGAGGAGCUGCCCGGCAAAGCAUUACAUAAUACUGGAGAUCGUCAGUGGUUCUUCUUCAGCCCGAGAGACAGGAAACAACAUGGAGGCAGGUCAAGCAGAGCAACUGACCGUGGAUACUGGAAAGCAACAGGGGUAGAUAGAGUCAUCAAGUGCAGUUCUCGCCCCGUUGGAGAGAAGAAGACCCUUGUUUUCCACAGAGGCAGGGCUCCCAAGGGCGAGAGGACUGACUGGGUCAUGCACGAGUACACCCUCCACAAAGAGGAACUCGAGAAGUGCGGAGAUGUUAAGGAUAAUUAUGUUCUUUACAAGAUUUUUAAGAAGAGCGGGUCUGGUCCUAAGAACGGUGAGCAUUAUGGAGCUCCUUUUGUUGAAGAAGAGUGGGCUGAGGAGGAUGACGAGGUUGAUGAGGCUAAUGCAGUUCAUGUUCCUACAAAUCAGCUCGUGGUUUCAGCUUGUUUGGGAAGUAAUAACAAUAUAUGGGCGGAUGGUGGGCUUAACCAGUCUGAGUUGAAUGAAAACGAUAUUCAAGAGCUGAUGAGACAGGUUAGCGAAGAGGCUGGAGUGAACUCUCAUGUUGCAAAUAAUAAUCCGGUAGACUUGGCAGAAGAUGAGUAUUUGGAAAUUGACGAUCUUUUACUCCCUGGACCUGAACCAAGUUAUGUGGACAAAGAAGGGUCUGCUGUGCUGAAUGAUAAUGAUUUCUUUGAUGUUGAUUCAUACAUUGGUGAUUUUGAUGCCACGAAUCCUCAGUCAGAGCCUGUUGGUGUUGGUUUGAACAAUGGGGUUGUACAAAGUCUUCCAGUGAUUGACCAGGCGAAUAGCAACCAGUUCCAGCAGCAAACAUGGAAGAACCAAGAUAGCAACUGGCCGCUCCGUAACAGCUAUACCAGAAAGAUAAGUAGUGAAUCAUGGAGGGAUGAUGAAGUUACUGUUUGCCGAUAUGUUGAUGCAUCUGAGCUCAUAAACCCUAUUACUUCUGGUAUAAGUAUAACCAAGGGAGAAGAAGCCACAAAAGACGAGUCAAGUCAGUUUUCUUCUAGCGUAUGGUCUUUCCUGGAGUCGAUUCCUGCGAGUCCAGCAUUUGCUUCAGAGAAUCCAAUCGUUAACCUCAACAUAGUCAGGAUAUCAAGCCUCGGUGGCCGCUACCGGUUUGGUUCUAAAAGCACAAGUACUACUAAUGUUGUUAUAGCAGUCAAUGAUUCAGCAGCAGCAGAGAGUAAGAAGUCUGGAGGAAACAACAAGAAGAACAACCACAAGGGUUUCUUCUGCUUAUCUGUCAUUGGAGCUCUGUGUGCUCUAUCUUGGGUCAUGAUGGGAGUUUCAGGAAGGUCUUUGUUGUGGUGAGAACCCUAAAUCCAAAGACUACGAAGAAAGGCUCAGAGUCCAAGUUUCGUGCGAACAGUCAAAUCUUUGUAAUUGUUUUAUUAGCUUUUAAAUUCAUAAACUGUUAAGUA